CAUAUAAGUUAUAAUUUCCACCCUAUCUCUCUCUCAUCUCUCUUUCUCUCUCUCCAAAAUCCAGCAACCUAGUAAGAAAGAACAAGAACAUCAAAACAGAACACACACACACAUAAAAGAAAAAACCAUUUUUUCCACAAAAAAAAAACACCUUAAAACACAACCACACCAACAUCAAAAAAAUCAAAAUUUUCAAACACCCACAUCUCAAAAUCCAAUCUUUCUUCAAUCUAACAUCAUAAACAACAAAUUGGUGAAGAAAUCCUCAAAAGGGUUUUCUUUUUCUGUGAUUUACAUCAGAAAAAGAAACCCCAACAACAAUCUCAAACACAAUGAAGAAAUUGAAGAACUAUUACAUGCACUUCAAAAACCAUCAUCAUCAUCAUCAUCAAUCACCAGAAAGAAAAUGGAUUUUCCCACUUGCAAUUGGUUCAAUUCUCUCUCUUUUUCUUCUCUUCAUUGCAACACUAACAUCACCACAAGGCACACACAUUCUACCAUUUUACCGUUCCAUUUCAGCUUCAUAUUCAGUUUUUGUUGAAAAUAAAAUCAAGCCUUUACCAGUUUCAACCCUCCCUCCACCACCACGUCUUGCUUAUUUAAUCUCCGGCUCCGCCGGAGACGGUGGUUCUGUCAAAAGGGUGCUUCUUGCUAUGUAUCAUCCACAUAACCGUUAUGUUGUUCAUCUUGAUCUUGAAAGUUCUGCAAAAGAACGUGCGGAUCUGUUUGAGUUUGUGAUGAAUCAUGAGUUGUUUAAGAGAUUUGAGAAUGUUAAGAUGAUUACUAAGGCGAAUCUUAUUACUUAUAGAGGUCCUACUAUGGUUGCUAAUACUCUUCAUGCUGCUGCUAUUUUGUUGAAGGAAUGUGGUGAUUGGGAUUGGUUUAUCAAUCUUAGUGCUUCUGAUUAUCCACUUGUUACUCAAGAUGAUCUGCUUCACACAUUUAGCUUUUUGCCGCGCGAUCUUAAUUUCAUCGAUCAUACCAGUGACAUUGGAUGGAAAGAUCAUCAGCGUGCAAGGCCUAUAAUUGUUGAUCCGGGGUUGUACAUGAAUAAGAAGCAAGAUGUGUUUUGGGUUACGCAGAGAAGAAGUAGACCAACUGCUUUCAAGCUUUUCACAGGUUCGGCUUGGAUGGUACUCUCUAGACCUUUCGUCGACUACGUCAUAUGGGGAUGGGACAAUUUGCCGCGAACUGUUCUCAUGUACUAUUCGAAUUUCAUAUCUUCCCCUGAAGGAUACUUCCACACAGUUAUUUGCAAUGCUCAAGAAUUCAGAAACACAACUGUCAACAGUGAUCUACACUUCAUUGCAUGGGACAAUCCUCCUAAGCAGCAUCCUCACUACCUCACAGUUGCUGAUAUGAAAGUUAUGACCGACAGCAACGCUCCCUUUGCAAGGAAGUUCCAUCGAGAAGAUCCUGUUUUGGACAGAAUCGACACCGAACUAUUAUCCCGAAAUCCUGGAAUGCCUGUUCCUGGUGGUUGGUGCAUAGGAAGCAGGGAGAAUGGGACCGAUCCUUGCUCGGUAGUUGGCAACACUACUGUCCUUAGACCAGAAAACGGUUCAAAAAGGCUCGAAACGUUAAUCACCAAAUUGAUGUCGAACGAAAAUUUCCGGCCUAGACAAUGUGUAUGAGACAAACCAACAUGCAAAAAAAAAAAAUGGUCUUGUUUGAGAUUAUUUAACCUGCCACUUGCUGUGUAGUUUAUAUAUGUGCAAGUUUAGUUAGCAUGAUCAUUGAAUUAGUGUUUCUUUCUAGUAGAAGAAAGAAAAUAGUUAAAGUAUACAUGUUUGUUUUGUCUUUAAAUUUGAGAAGUAAAAAAUGAGACACAUUCAAGUGCAAAAUGAAAUUUAUUACAAGGUUUGUUGAAUCAUAGAUUGUAAUGUAUGGUGUAUAUGAGACAUGAAUCUAGCUCUUUCAAUUGCCUUAGACUUCAAUCAUGCAUUUCAGUGACCACUGAUUUGAUGAUACUCUACUUUUGUUAUUCUCUUUUACAUGUGAAAUAAGGAUGAUGCCAUGAUGGGAAUCU